GAUCCAUGGUUGUGGUCUGAUCAGAGUCUGAACAUCAGCAUCAGGAAACGUAAUAACUAAAAAGAAGCCAGCUCAGUAGAAUUUCAGAUGUGGCAAUGGCAUCUACCGUAAUCAGUUCGGUUCCUACCACUGCAUCUCGUUUUGCUUUACUACAAGUUGAAAGCGAUUCUGAUUCGGAGCCUGGAAAAGGAAGAAGUGGCCGAGGUGCCAGUAAAUCUCAGGCUUCAGGGGGACGAUCUUCUACAAGUGAGAAAAAAAGAAAGAAAAGGAGAAAAAAGAAAGAACAGCAGCAGAGUGAGGCCAAUGAGCUCAGAAACCUUGCUUUUAAAAAGAUCCCUCAGAAAUCUUCAUAUGGCGGCUGUCUAUCUCAGCAUGAACAAAAACUGCACACUGCAGUGCAGAAGGACUCUCAGGAGGAAAAUUGGCAGGAGUGGAGACAAAGAGAUGAGCAGCUGACAUCUGAAAUGUUUGAAGCUGAUCUUGAAAAAGCAUUGCUGCUAAGCAAACUGGAAUAUGAAGAGCACAAAAAGGAAUAUGAAAACGUUGAAAAUACUUCACCUCAGUCAAAGUCUGUGAAUAAGAAAAAGAACCAGCAAGGAAAAGACAAACCUCUCACUGUGUCUCUGAAAGACUUUCAGUCAGACAGUAAUAUAGAUAACCUUGCUAAAAAACAUGAGGAACUGAACUCUUCCCAGUCUUCGUUGCAUGAUGGAGGAUUUUUCAACAGGCUGGAAGAUGAUGUUCACAGAAUACUUGAAAGAGAGAAAAGGAGAGUCCAGCCCACUGAUUACGGUGAAACAGAUAACUGCACAUCUCGUGAAUACAACCAGGAGAGUGUUUUGAAAGAUGGAAAAACAGAACGACUAAAGCUCGAGCUUGAAAAGAAAGAUGCAGAAAUUGAGCAACUGAAAAAUACAAUAACUCAGUGGGAGACAAAGUAUAAAGAAGUAAAAGCAAGAAAUGCACAGCUUCUGAAGAUGAUGCAAGAAGGUGAAAUGAAGGACAAAGCAGAAAUACUUCUACAGGUUGAUGAAUCUCAAAUUAUCAAAAAUGAAUUGACCGUACAGGUAACUGUACUUCAUGCUGCAUUAGAGCAAGAAAGAUCCAAAGUGAAGCUACUGCAGGCAGAAUUAACGAAAUACCAGAGUGGGAAAAAAGGGAAAAAGCACUCUGAAUCUGACCAGUGCAGGUGAUCUCCUCUGCCACCAGAUUCAAGGCAAAGAACCAUAAAAUCUUUCUUCAGGGUUUUGCAGAAAUUUAUAUACUUGUUGCACAACUGCUCAACUAUGCAGUUUUUGAAGAGAAAUUAACAAUUACUAGU